UAAUGAUCAACUGGUAACCACACCCGUUUCCGCAAUGAAGACGUUCAGUUGUUUGAUAUUGUUAGCUGUGGUUAUCAGUUGCAGUGCUUCCGCAAUUGGCCGAGGACGAGGCCGUCAUCGGGGUUCUGAUGUACAUCCAGAUCACAGACAUGGCCCCAGGCGAAAUGGAAUAACAUUCGCAACGAAACCAUCGGAAGAAGUUGGCAGACGGCUGAGACACUAUAAAAAAGGCGUCAACAAAACGCGUCCAUUCGAAGCUGGAAUCGGAACCUAUUUAGAGUUUGAUUUGAUGGUCGAGGACCCAGUUGAGGCUAAUGCAAUUCUAGCGGGAACCUAUACUUAUAUUCGAUGGCCCCAAGCGGUGGUACCGUAUCAAAUCAUCGGUACAUUUACUACCGCCGAAUUGGCCAACAUUCAAUGGACUAUCAAUCAUUACGCGGAAAAUACUUGUGUCAGAUUUGUUCCACGUACUACUGAGGAAUACUACAUCAAGAUCAAUAACAGUGCCACGGGUUGCUGGUCAUAUGUUGGAAGACAUUUGGACAACAACUAUAACUUAGUGAAUCUUCAAAAUCCAGCUUGUAUGGAAACGGGUACAGUAGCACAUGAGUUUAUGCAUGCUCUUGGAUUCUACCAUGAAUUUACUCGUCCGGACCGUGAUGAAUGGGUUAGCAUUGAUGAAGGUGCUUUGGCAACCGAGUAUCAAACACCAAGCUUUAUGAAUGCCAACUUCGGAAAGAAAUCGGCAGAUCAAGUUGAACUUUAUGGUAUCGAAUACGCGUAUGGUAGUGUGAUGCAUUACUCAAAAUGGGGUGGAGCUGUUAACUAUAAUCGUCCAGUGAUGAAUAAUCUAAAACCGUGGCCUUAUAAGGACUUUGGAAACGAUACUGGAUUGUCACUACCCGAUAUCAAAAAAAUCAACUAUAUGUAUUGUAAUUCAUCAACUACAACAACUACACUUGCUGCGACUACUACAACCAAGGCACCGGCUACAUCAACUUUAGCUCCAACGACGACGACACAAGCUCCCACAACCACUACCAAGGCACCGGUUACAACGACUUUAGCUCCAACGACGACGACAAAAGCUCCCACAACCACUACCAAGGCACCAGUUACAACGACUUUAGCUCCAACGACGACGACACAAGCUCCCACAACCACUACCAAGGCACCGGUUACAACGACUUUAGCUCCAACGACGACGACAAAAGCUCCAACAACCACUACUAAGGCACCAGUUACAUCAACUUUAGCUCCAACGACGACGACAAAAGCUCCCACAACCACUACCAAGGCACCAGUUACAACGACUUUAGCUCCAACGACGACGACACAAGCUCCCACAACCACUACCAAGGCACCGGUUACAACGACUUUAGCUCCAACGACGACGACAAAAGCUCCAACAACCACUACUAAGGCACCAGUUACAUCAACUUUAGCUCCAACGACGACGACAAAAGCUCCCACAACCACUACCAAGGCACCAGUUACAACGACUUUAGCUCCAACGACGACGACACAAGCUCCCACAACCACUACCAAGGCACCGGUUACAACGACUUUAGCUCCAACAACGACGACAAAAGCUCCCAUAACGAGUACAACAGCAACCACGGUUGCUCCAAGUAACUGCAAAUGCUGGAACUCGGCUUUACAAAUGUGCGUGUCAUACCUUUAAACAGCCGAUUUUACAAUAAAGUUGAAUACAAUUCGUUUGUUAAAUAUUCAAAA